AUGGAGAUGAGCCUGGAGCCGCAAGCAGACCAAGUUGUGGACAAAGCAAAGCCAACUUGGACUCUGCCAUUGAUGCCCAACGAAGUCAUUGUCAUUUCAGAUAGCGACGACGAAUCUAUCGUUGAGCAACCUCCACCAUCAGAAAGGCUAGGCAGCAGAAAGCGUUACGCCGACUCAGAACCAUCCGAGGCCAGCACGCAGGCGAAAAGACCACGACUGGAUGAAAGACCGUCUCCAAGUAUCUCCAGUAGCAGACCAGGAAACGCUCUAAAUCAUCCACGAGGCGCAACAUUUGAGCUCCCUGAAGAUCCGGAAGACCAUUCGGAAGAGCUCGUACUAAGGCUACUGAAUGGAGAUGAAGAACUUUAUCAAGACAAGUCUCCACACCGACUGUUAUUUCGACUGAGCAACUUCAUCUUCUUCUAUGACGACAAGCGAUCCAACAUGGAAGGCAGCGGCCGAGCGAGAGUCAUGAUCGGACUGGACCAGCUAGAGUCCAGUGAUAAAGUAAAUGAUAAAAUAGGUGGAUACGGUGCCGUAGCCUCGGCAUCAAUAGAACCAGAAGAGGAGGCAGCGGCCGAUGCUGAGGAUGAUGAGGAAGGAAUGCCCGCCGCUCUGCCAGACUGGCGUAAGAUUGUCCUCGGGCCGGUUCUCAAAUGGUGGAUUGGAGAUGGAGUCGGUGACAGGGAAAUGUACAUCCUCACGUCUGCGGCGUGGUACGUCUUGGAAGAACCCGCCGACGAAUAUCGACGAGUAUAUGAGCGGUUCUGGAAAUCACACAAGUUGUCACAGCUCAUAAUGAGCUUUGCGACCAAAAACCCAACCGGUGACAAGGCAGAGUUUACUGAAAGCCUAGAGAGCGACUUUACAAUUAGAGAAGAGAGUUUUAGCCGCAUUGGUCGUGCUAUGACAGGAAAUGACCUAGACCUGGCGAUAAGUGGGCGCUUUAUUGAGAAUGACCAUUUAUACCUACCAAAAUCUCUCGCACAAACGCUAGCCGAGUCGGUGUUGGGUCAACGACUCAAGCGAAUGCAGCCACGGGGGGACCCUCGUCCGUAUACCUGCCGCAGUCAACAACCACCACCAGGGGUCGAUGCAAGAACGACCAGACGGACAGUCGUCAGCCCAUUGGUCUCGAAAAUUGCUGCCCGGUACUUCAGAAAUCCGUUUGAGGUGGUGGGUCCUCCCCCAGAACACAUGAACCCGCCGAGGGAGCCGAUCGUGGAACGAUUCCCCGAUGCACCUCUAGACGUUGGUGAAUGGGUUCACAAGGAUAUCGAUUCGUAUAAAAACAUACAAUACUUUUCCCGCUUGAGCUUAGAGGGAAGAAGCUACAAGCUUGGUGACUGUGUGGCCAUCAAGCAAGGAGAGAUCGUUUCGACACGUGACUAUCGCCCACCAGCCACCAGUAGUAACCAACUGGCUGAUAACUCUUGGUUUGGCAUAAUCAAAAGGUUAUAUACUGCGGAAGAUCCAGAAGCAAUAGGUAUCAAUGCCAUCCGGUUCGCUCACGUCCAGUGGUUUGUUCAUGGAUGUUGGACUGACCUCGGAGAGCUUGCCGCUUCAAAUGAACUGUUUUUGACCUAUGACUGCUCCAACAUUGGGCUCGCAACUAUCCAAAAGCUGAUUAGUGUCAAGUUCAUCAAGGGCGAGUCCAGGAAGGUCAUCCCUGAAAUCAAGGAAAUGGAGGAUCGUUUCUUUUGUCGCUUUCGAUUUGAGCGCGCGGAUGGGUCGUUUCACGAUUUCAGCCAACCCGACUUCUUCCUUGGUGCAGAUAUCGAUCUCCAAAAACGCUUUCCUGAACCCGUUCACUGUGAUGCAUGCAUGGCUACACUAUUCGUAGACCGGGAGGAAGCGCACAAGUUUUUCGAAGUGAAAGCUACACCCUCAAAAGGGAUCGCAGGCCUCAACUACGCCAACGUCACGUAUCACAAAUACGAUACCAUCCUCUAUAAGCCGCUUGUCGGCGAUAGAGAGCCCUUCGGCCAGGAUGCCCAAACUGAACAAGUGCGACUUCGUGUUGGGAUCAUCAAGUCAUGGGCAGUUGCCAAGAGGGUUGACCGGUCCAGUUAUCUGACUGUCCGCAACCUUGGCUUCAUUGACGACCUAAUACGGAAGCGCGCGGAUGCCACUCACUUGACGCCGCCGUACCUGCGAACUCCCAUGGAUGAGCGCCGGCUGUAUCUGGUCGGGGAUGAAAUUGAUAUCCCCGUAGAAAAUAUUUUCAGACGAUGCGUCGUGAGGUAUGAUCCUCACUGGGAUCGGCAUAGCCAGUUGGAGAGUGAACCAAACGAGUUUUUCCUUACUCAUCGGUCCACGAAGCUUAUGAACCCGACUGUCAGGGAUCUUCACCCAAUUAAUCCUCGAGACUUUCCUGUCUGUGAGGAAUGCAGCGAACGGCAAGGGAAAAUGGACUCAUAUUUCAAUUUUUACAAACCGAGUCUCGGGGAAGAUGCAAAUGCAUCAACAGGGACGCAGAUGAACACUCUAGACCUCUUCUCGGGAGCAGGGGGUCUCGCUCUGGGAGUCACUAUGACUGGAGCGCUCGCCGUGAAAUGGGCGGUCGAAAAGAGUAUACCGGCAUCUCAAACUUUUCGACGCAACUUUCCGGAUGCGCAAGUCUAUACCCAAGAUAUAAAUGAGUGUGCUUCGAAUGCUCUACGCCGCGGUCAAGCUAGACAUCGAGUCCCGAGCCUUGAUCCACAGAAUCCACGUAAAAGGCAUAUGCCUCCUCCACAGGCAGUAGAUGUCAUACUCGCUGGUCUACCGUGUUCGGGGUUCUCGAUGCAGAGUGUCUAUGGUCGAGAUACGAAGGAGGCGCAGGUCGGAUUGGUGCUGGUUGUACUGAGUUUGAUUGAUUUUUAUCGGCCACGUUUCUUCAUAAUAGAAAACGUUGCGCGUAUGAUAAAUUAUGAAAGCCUCGAUUAUUCGACGGAGGAGACGAUCUCCUUUGCAAUCGUCAAGAUUAUUUUGCGAACGCUAACAGCACUAGGAUACUCAGUUCGAUGGGGACUCUUCAAUGCCGUCAACUACGGUUCGCCUCAACAUCGGUCUCGUCUAUUCUUCUACGGCUCCCGUGGAGGCUCUAGACUUCCGGAAAUCCCUAUCCCGACCCACGUUGCAUCCAAGAAUUCCAGGACGCGAUUCCAACGCUUCACUUUGGUGCCCACCAAACUCAUGCACUACCUCGCUGCCCUUCCGCCAGUCAAUAUCAGCUCCGCCAUUGGAGAUCUGCCACCGUUUGACUGGACCGUUCGAAACCCGCUUUCAGGAGUGACCCAGCGGGCGAAUGUUCCUUCAUUCAUUGGAGAGUCACCCGCUGGUUCGAGCACUGCUGGAUAUCCUCAUGGAUGUGAUUAUCAGCAAGAAAGACCAAAGACUCUUUAUCAAGCGCGUAUGAGACGCGGGAUGCAUGUGGGAGAAAAGGUGACACUUCAUUAUACGCGCACCUUUAAAGAGCACUCUCACAAGGCCGAAAAAGUCAUUGCAGUAGCUAUGCGCCCAAACGCAGACCAUCGAACGAUUCCGCGAGUGCUCUAUGAUUGGGCUUACUCACAUCCGCUCAGCGCAGCAGCACGAGACCUAUGGGCCCCAGGACGAUACGGACGACUGGACUGGCAGGGCGUCUUUAACUCAUUUGUCACACGCAUCGAUCCGACAUCCAAACAAGGCAAAGUGCUGCAUCCCUCUCAACGCCGCGUUCUUACGAUCCGAGAAGUUGCUCGUGGUCAAGGCUUUCCGGAUCACUAUCAGUUCUGUGGUGAUCCUGGCGCUAUUAUCCGUCAAAUUGGCGAGGCUGUCCCUGUUCAGAUGGGCGAGGCACUCGGCCGGAUGCUCAGAAACGCAAUGAUUGCACAGAAACUGUGGGAGUCAUAUCAAUACGUGUGGUACAACACGUUCUAG